AUGAUACAACAAGCAAUCUUUGAUCAACAACAACAUUGUAAUGAUAAAAAGUCAGAAGCACAAAUAUCUAUAGAAAAUCCAUGUCAAGCACUCAUUCCUUCCUCUUUUCUCAACCCAAACAAUGACACUGAAAACAAUCUUCUAAAUAAGGAUUUUUUACUUUUUUCACAUGAAAAUGACUGUGAUACUAUUUUACAAGGAGUAGACAACCAUGAAGUUCAUUCUUUUAUCAGUCCACCUAUCAACGACAAUACUUCACCAAUAAGUCCAGAUUCAACCAUUUUUAUAAGCAACGAUUCAAACCCAAGUUAUAGUUAUGAUUUUAUUACAUCACCUCCAGCUACAACAACAACAACUACAACAACUUCUUCUACUUCUUUAAAUCUAACAGGAGACUCACCAAUAAAUAACUUUGAAUCUUUAUCGUCAUCGUCACCACCAUCCUCAAUAACCAACAACAAUGAUAUCGAUGACAAAAAUUCCACAAAUCAAACUAAACGGUCGAGUAAUGCAACUCCACUAAAAAGAAAAAAAACUCAUAGAAGACGUAGUAGCAAUAUGAACAAAGAUAGCCUCAUAUGUUUUAAAUGUCAAACUAAAACUACACCUGAAUGGAGAAAAGGACCAGAAGGACCUGCAACGUUAUGUAAUGCCUGUGGAUUAUCCUAUGCAAAGAAACUAAAAAUUGAAGCAAAUAGGAAAAAAAAUCAACUCUUACCUCACAGUGUAUUGAAUAACAGUAUAUCAAGUACAAUAGCUGCAUCAAUGAUGGCCGUAGUACCAAACAACAAUGCUAUGAUGGUAGAUCAAACUUCAGCAUCUGCCCCACCUUCUCUGGCGUCAUCCACUUUACAUCAUAUUGGAGAGUCUUCUUCUUCUUCUGAUUCCAAGUCGAUAGAGUUUAAUAAUUCACUUUCAUUGGGUGAUACAUUGUUUUGUCAACAACAAAUGCAACCAUUUUCCUCCUCUACAAACUCUUUGAAUAUCUCACCAACACCCCUUAUGGCCGAUGACUCACCAAUCCAUAUAGACACAUCUCCAACAACCAGUACGAUCGUGAAUUCUUCCCCUCCAUCAAAUAAUACUGCCUCCUCUAAUACACCUACCACCGAAACCAAAGCCAAGAAAUCAAAGACUACAAAAUCACAUACUUUUCACCAGUACACUCAUUCUGGUUCAGCCAACGGUGGUGCCAUCAAGAAAAUGCCAAAGGCCAAACAACCAAAGGUUUCCAAAUCAAAAUUGAAGCAACAACAACUUGCCAUGAUGAAUAGCUAUUCAACAAAGAACAACAAGGCAGCAGUCCAACCGAGCUAG